AGAGAGAGACACAUAUACAUAUGACACGCCAAGAUUUCGUUAUCCGUUUCCGAAGGUUACGAGCUCCUCGCUUCACAAGGAGGAUGGCUUCUCUGUUGCUUCCAAUUGGUUCUGCUUUUGGCAACAGUCUGUUUGCCAAUCAUCAAGCCAUUUCCAGUGAUAAAGUUCGCGGUCUGGUUGUGAGAUGCUCAACUUUGGAUCUUAAGGCUGAAGCUUCAAGGGCAAGUGAAUUGAGGGAUGAGUUCAAUGUAAUUAAACGUAGGGAUAUAAUUGGGCUGGCUUUUGGAUUGUCAAGCCUCUUUAUAGACUCAUUUGAAGCCAAGGGCGCUGGCUUGCCCCCUGAGCAGAAGCCAAGACUCUGCGAUGACACUUGUGAGAAAGAGCUUGAAAAUGUACCUAUGGUAACUACAGAGUCUGGUUUGCAGUAUAAGGACAUAAAAGUUGGUGCAGGCCCUAGUCCACCAGUUGGAUUUCAGGUGGCUGCUAAUUAUGUUGCCAUGGUUCCAUCUGGACAAAUAUUCGACAGUUCAUUGGAGAAAGGUCAGAUUUACAUUUUUCGUGUUGGCUCUGGUCAGGUGGUCAAGGGACUUGAUGAAGGGAUCCUGAGCAUGAAAGCAGGAGGAAAGCGUCGAAUUUUCAUCCCAGGAUCAUUGGCAUUUCCAAAAGGUCUCACUUCAGCUCCAGGAAGGCCAAGAGUGGCUCCAAACAGUCCAGUCAUCUUCGAUGUGAGUUUGGAAUACAUACCAGGCCUUGAAGUGGAUGAAGAGUAACAGAAUUCUUUGUCCCCUUCUUUUUUCUUGUCCCUUUUUUUGACCUUUAUUGGCAUCCAAAACAAGUUCAUGAUUUCAGUACUAACACUGUAAAACUUCCAUUAAUUCAUUAAUUUCUUUUUCACACUGUACAAAA